UCGCUCGUGCGCCCUCCGGUUUCAUCUUGUUGGCCCCUUAAACCGUUGAUGCUCCACAAAUUUGGGCGCCGCGUGUUUCAAGUCUGCACGCACGCACAGACUCAACUUCCCCAGGACAAGGUUUUUGGUGAGCAGAUCAAAAAAUGCUUCUUCCUGGGAUUUAGUUUUUGAGGCGGGGCCUACGGGGUCUGGAAUGUUUCACAGUGGUCGCCGCCGCCCUGGCCAGUGCCGCACUACUUUCCCAGUGGGCGUUUCUCCUAGGGCAAGUGUUGGUCCUUUGCCACCCCCACACCCCCUUUCCUGUCCCUCUGGCCUCUGCUGCACACAGUCCCUCAGCCUCUAUCUAGUACGCCCCUCUUUCGCUUCUGUUUGUCGCAGGGUUCUUGGAGGUCUUGACUCUGUGGCCCUUCCGGGUCCCAACCACUGGUGCACCCUGAUCGGCUAAACUAACCCACGCGUCCCAGUCGCCCCAGCCUAGGAGGGACUAGGCGGGCUUUGCAGGGCUGAGUUGGGAUAACGGACCCGGUUGUGGACUACAGCUCUCUCUCUGGGGAGCGAUGAGCGAGCUUGCUAGGGAAGGGGAGGGCUGGGGAGUGGGCAGGGCAGAGCGAAGAGACCUGGGCCAGAGCUCGGGGACUGGUUUUACCACUGAGCCGCGGCAGUAGCGCCAGAGGCCCAGACUCGCGCCACCUGUCCGAGUGCCACCUGGUGAGCGCGGCGCCUGGGGGCCAAGCCCCUCCUCCCGCAGGCCUCCCUCCCCUUCCCUCCCCGACCAGCACUCUCCCUUGGCCUGGGCACGGACUACAGCCGCCAACCGUGCUGACCCGCAUUUCGACCCAGUUCUCCCCUCAUCUCAGAACUUGGAGUAACCUCAGGCUGACGGAGGGCCCAAACAUCUGUCCGGCGGCUGGCCACCAUGCCGCGCUCCUUCCUGGUCAAGAGCAAGAAGGCGCACAGCUACCACCAACCGCGUUCCCCGGGGCCAGACUACUCCCUCCGCCUGGAGACGGUGCCUGCGCUGGGCAGAGCAGACGGAGGCGUUGUGAGUGCGAACGAAGCGGCGAAGAUGGAGACCGGAGACCGUUUGUCCCCCGACUCUCAGCUAACCGAGGCUCCCGACAGAGCCUCUGCGUCUCCCAACAGCUGCGAAGGCAGCGUCUGUGACCAGAGCUCCGAGUUCGAGGACUUCUGGAGGCCGCCUUCUCCCUCGGUGUCUCCAGCGUCCGAAAAGUCCCUGUGCCGGUCUCUGGACGAAGCCCAGCCCUACACGCUGCCUCUCAAGCCCUACGCGUGGAGCGGCCUUGCGGGGUCUGACCUGAGGCACCUGGUGCGGAGCUACCGGCAGUGCAGCGCCCUGGAGCGCAGCGCGGGGCUGAGCCUGUUCUGCGAGCGCGGCGCGGAGCCCGGCCACCCGGCCGCACGGUACGGCCCUGAGCCGGCUGCGGGCGAAGCAGGUGCGGGGCCGCCGGGGAGCUGCGGCGGCGGCGGCGGUGCAGGAGGCGCCACCACCGGCGCGGGCUUGGGGCUCUACGGUGACUUCGGGCCUGUGGCGGCGGCCGGGCUGUACGAAAGGCCCAGCGCAGCAGCAGGCCGGCUGUACCAAGAUCGGGCCCACGAACUCCACGCAGACAAGAGCGUGGGCGUCAAGGUGGAGUCAGAGCUGCUGUGCACCCGCCUGCUCCUGGGCGGCGGCUCCUACAAGUGCAUCAAAUGCAGCAAGGUGUUCUCCACACCGCACGGGCUGGAGGUGCACGUGCGCCGGUCCCACAGCGGCACGAGACCCUUUGCGUGCGAGAUGUGCGGCAAGACCUUCGGGCACGCGGUGAGCCUGGAGCAGCACAAGGCCGUGCACUCGCAGGAACGCAGCUUUGAUUGUAAGAUCUGCGGCAAGAGCUUCAAGAGGUCAUCCACGCUGUCCACACAUCUCCUCAUCCACUCCGACACCCGGCCCUACCCCUGCCAGUACUGCGGCAAGAGAUUCCACCAGAAGUCAGACAUGAAGAAACACACCUUCAUCCACACAGGUGAGAAGCCCCACAAAUGCCAGGUGUGUGGCAAAGCGUUCAGUCAGAGCUCCAACCUCAUCACGCACAGCAGAAAGCACACAGGCUUCAAGCCCUUUGGCUGUGACCUGUGCGGGAAGGGCUUCCAGAGGAAGGUGGAUCUCAGGAGGCACCGGGAGACGCAGCAUGGACUCAAAUGAGUGCCCCUGGCCUUCUGCAACAGCAGCCCUGUAACACUACUGCGCCCCCACAGAGGGUGCCUUCCCAGCCUGCCUCCAGCCCCUCCUCAGGCCCUGAGUCCGUGUGCAAAGCUCACCUUGGUUAAACCUCUUCACUUUCCUUCCCGAAGCUGCUGGAGGAGAUAAAUUCUCUUCUCAAAGGUCAGCCCAGAGCGGGACCACAGCGGUGGUCUGUGCUUUGGGCAUCUCCGCAGCUGAAGAUGGAGAGCUCAAAGGAAAUCUCGCACCUCUCAGUCCUUUGCAGCCCUUAAACUUUGGACACUAUUGGUGCGUUCAUUGAGAGAGAAGAG